CGCUCCUUCAUCGCUGCCUGAAGCAGCGUAACUUUAGAGUUCAUGCUUUGGCUGUCGUGACAGCUCGACUGGCGCGACCAGCGGAUUUCAAGGGCUGGAACACCUUUUUUCGCGAUCGAAAGACAUACCAACACAGCCAAGAUGUUGAAUAUGUGGAAAGUGAGGGAGCUGGUUGAUAAAGCAACCAAUGUUGUGAUGAACUAUACUGAAACUGAGUCUAAAGUUCGAGAAGCCACCAAUGACGACCCAUGGGGACCCUCUGGACAGUUAAUGGGGGAGAUCGCCAGGGCUACGUUCAUGUACGAGCAGUUUCCUGAGGUAAUGAAUAUGCUGUGGACUAGAAUGCUGAAAGACAACAAGAAAAACUGGAGAAGAGUUUACAAGUCUUUACUGCUGCUGGCGUACCUGAUUAGAAAUGGAUCUGAACGGGUGGUCACGAGUGCAAGAGAGCACCUGUAUGACUUGCGUUCAAUUGAAAGCUAUCAUUGUGUAGAUGAGAAUGGCAAAGACCAGGGUAUCAAUGUGCGUCAGAAGGUAAAAGAGAUGCUAGAGUUUGUCCAGGAUGAUGACAGAUUGAGAGAAGAGAGGAAGAAAGCCAAGAAGAACAGGGACAAAUAUAUAGGCGUGUCUUCUGACAGUAUGUCGGGUUUCAGAUACUCGGAGGACAAGUUUGAUUUCAAAGAAUCAAACUCAAAAUGGGAUGAAGACUGGGACAAAAGCAAGGGGGCUUUCCCUUUCAGUGAGAAACUGGGAGAGAUCAGCGAUAAGAUUGGAAGCACCAUUGAUGACACAAUCAACAUGUUCCGCAAAAAAGACAGGGACGACUCACCUGACAGAUUCAGUGAGGCAGAUGAGGACCGUCGGGGAACGCGAAACGGGCAGAUGGGGAAAUCCGAAUUUAAAGAUGAAGAGACGGUGACAACAAAAAGCGUCCAGAUCGUCCAGGCCACGGAGACCACUGCCACUCGUAAGAGAGGUGUUCCAUCCAAAACGAUAGACCUGGGAGCAGCUGCGCGUUACACUGGCGAUAAACCCUCCACCGACUCGAACACAAGCCAGACCACAUCAGCAGUGAACCAGCCUAGUUCUGGUCUGGUGGACUUGUUCUCGGCAGAUCCUGUACCUGCUCAACCAGCCUCCAAAGGUUUACAAUCUGACCUGAUUGGAGGUUUUGCUGAUUUUUCUUCUUCUGCAGCUGCAGCAACUCUUCCAUCAUCACCUGCCCCAGCGUCUAGUGGAAAUGGAGACUUUGGGGAUUGGAAUGCUUUUCCUGCAGCCCAACCAGUUGUCCCGGCAGCCCAGCCUGUCAACUCUGUAGGAAUAGACCUUUUCUCAGGUCUGCAGGUGGCCCCUGCUCCUGCAUCCAUGGCACCCUCAUCUGACCUUUUUGACCUAAUGGGCUCCUCCCAGACCACUAACUUCAGCACCUCCCAAAGCAUGAACUUCUCCAUGACGACCUCUCAGACCAUUGGCAUGCCAGCGUCCAAAUCACAGCCACUGCAGACUAUGGGGGCCUCACUGAUGCCCCAGCAACCGAUGGCCCAGAAGCCCAAUCCCAAAGUGUCUGUGCCUUCCACCUGGUCCAACUCUAAUGUAGACAUAAGCUUGGACUUCCUUGGCCCUGGCAUGCAGCCACCCAAACCUUCUCAACCCACACUCAACAUGAUGCAGCAUGGAGUUCCGACUCCUGUCAAUAUGAUGACUCAGGGCUUUGCUGGAAUGAACCUGGGCAUGCAGGCUGCCACUACAAUGGUCAGACCGCCCACCAACACCAUGAUGGGAGGAAUGAACAUGGGGAUGCAGCCUGGCAUGAUGGGUAAUGUCAUGACCAUGCCACCCAUGGGAGGGAUGCCAGUCAAUCAGGGCAUGAUGGGAAUGAAUAUGAACAUGGGUAUGUCUACAGCUGCCAUGGGGAUGCCAGGAAGCAUGGGUACUGGAAUGGGGAUGAACCCUGCCAUGGGACAGCCUAAACAGGAUGCCUUUGCAGAUUUUGCCAACUUUGGGAAAUGAAUUGCAAAGUAUUAAGUGAACAAUCUUUCAGGAGAUGUGACCAUGAAGAAGCUAUGAAGAGCUAGAAGACAAAGACUACUUGAAAGAUGUCAAAUAAAGCCUCACAGGAAAUGUUUGUUCAUAUGAUGCUGAUGUUCAACUGGAUGAUUAUAUUAUUUUCAAUGUUCUUCUGAUUCAGCUGCACCAAGGAGCCCUGAUGAGGGUGGCUGGUUUGUUCUGAGAAUCAUUUCAGUCAUUGCACACACACACUCACGCACGUCCCACGUUUCCAUUGCGUCGGGAUAUCGCUUUAAGGAAUGUGAUGAUGGUGAAUGACUCUUGAUUGGCCUUAUCCUCUUAUAUAGCUAGUUAAUUUAACCCAGGAAAUAUUUGGGUUUCUAAUACUGUUGAAAAAUCCUAAUAAUCCAUUCUGGCCUUUCCUCUACUCUGCCUUAAGAUGAUAACCUGUAAAUAUUUUUGCGCGCAGACAAUAAGUUAUUGAGUUCCAUGAUUAACGAAUUAUGACGGUGAGGAUUUUUGUACGGAGUAAAGCUUGUGAUCACUUUGCCAUUUUGUAUUUGAUUUUAACCAUUUUCUGAAGAGAAAUGAAGUACUCUAAAAUCAAGAUGAUAGAAUUACAACUCCAAAUCAAAACCUUUGUGGCCUUAAAUAGUAAAUGUGUAAUCUGAUCUACUUUGCAUCUUUAUGAAAAUUUGUCAUUAAACACAUGGUGCCUGUCAGCCUUCCUAAAAUAAAUUCUUUAUACAAUAUGAAAAGUACAGUAUUUAUUAAAGGUACUGUUAAAGAUGAUACAUCUAGAGUGGUCUACAUAUAUGCAUACACUUUUUUAUGUUUUUGCAUGGUUAACUUAUAAGGAAGAGUGGGUAACUAAAGGAUAUCUGAACCCGAUAUGGGUUCGUAUUUGUAUGCAGGUCUGCUCAUGCUGAGUGUAGGGUGAGGCUGUGUGUUUGGAAACCCUGGUAGCACUGUGUUGGAUGCUGUAUCCAGAGGACCAUCACUGUAUUGUCAAUAUCAUGUUUCUGCUGACGCUAAUCGAGCCCCUCUCUUCCAUUCUGAGGCAUUUUACAAGCAGAAUGACCAAAUUCUUCCUUUCUCGUUUCUUUCUUUUGUCCCCCUGACGGGUUGGUUUAGUUUUUUUAUAGUCGGGUCUGUUUGGUUGGGGAGUGUUACUGGAAACACUAUAUGUUUAUGCAAAUCUACAGCAAGCAACAAAAAACAAAAAACAAAAAAUUUCUUCCACUGAGAAUGUUUAAUGUUUUCAAUUUCAUACAAUGACUUGAUUGUACUUAUGAUCUUUUAUGAAUGACAAUAAAGAGUUGAUUUCUA